AUGUUCGGCCGCAAGAAGAGAGAACCGGAAGACGGUUUCGUGGCUCCGCGAGACGACGACUACAUCAGAGACAGCAACAGCGGCCGCACUCUAACCAACGAACCCGUCUACGCCGACCCGACCAAAGCCCAGAUUAAACGGGCAACUCGCACACGACUAUGCUGGGCCCUCAUCACCUCCAUCCUCCUCCUCAUAACCGUCGUCUUCAUCAUCCUGGUCGAAGUCGGCACCACGAGCCCCAAAAGCAUCAGGAGUAGUAUCUACUUUAUCAAACUGGACCUGUCGAACAUCAUCCCGCUUUCUGUGCCCAAUGCCGCCUUAGUGAACAGUAUAGCUCAGACGCUGGGUCUACACGACUUCUAUACCGUCGGACUAUGGGGUUACUGCGAGGGGUUGAAUGGGCAAGGUUUCACGGAGUGCUCAAAGCCGCAAACACUUUACUGGUUCAAUCCGGUUGAGAUUAUCCAGAGCCAGCUGUUAGCUGGCGCCACAAUCGCCCUCCCAACCCAAAUCAACGACAUCCUAAACCUCAUCCGCGUAGUCUCGCACUGGAUGUUCGGCCUCUUCCUCGCCGGCGCCUGCCUCUCCACCCUCAUGAUCUUCCUCGUGCCCCUCGCCGUCUUCUCCCGCUGGGCAACCCUCCCCAUCAUGCUCCUCACCUUCCUCGCCGCACUCUUCACGACCGUCGCCUCUGUCAUCGCCACCGUCCUGUUCAUCAUCAUGAAGAACGCCGUCACGGCGCAGAAGAGUCUGAACAUCGGGGCUGCGAUCGGGGUCAAGAUGUUCGCGUUCAUGUGGAUUGCGGCUGGGGCGAGUAUUUUGGCGUGGUUGAUUAUGUUGUGCUUGACUUGUUGUUGUGCGAGUCGGAGGGAUGUGAAGAAGGGGAAGAAGAGGGGGAGCAAGAAGGCUUGGAGCGAGGGGUCUGCGAUGGCGCCGAAGGAUGAGAAGGAGGUUGCGAAGAAAGGGUGGUUUGGGAGGCGGAAGUAG